AUGAAUUUCAACCUGAGUGCGAUCAGUGAGAUCCGUUUAGCUCCGCCUAGAGAUGUGUCUGUGAAGAUGUCGCUGAACGUGUCGAUCGUUAUAGCCACCCUACUUGGCAAUGGCAGCAUUCUUCUACUGCUACAACGCUUCAAGAGUCUUCGCACAGUUCCCAACAUUUUGAUUGCAAACUUGGCAUUGAUUGACAUCUUCAACGUGGUUGUCACUCUACCUGUCAGUUUGCUUACGAGCAUCCUUACCUUGCAUCACGUGGUCAAAGGUCGGUUGACAUCGGCGUGUGUAGCAUCCUCACAGACUGCCUUCGUGUUUCUCAAUCUUUUUUGCAUGGCGAUGAUGAUGCUGGAUCGCUUUCUUGUCAUCGAAUGGGGAAUGCGCUACAAGCUGUGGAUGAGUACUAGGAGAGUGAUCUUUGCCGUGCUUGGCAUGUGGAUAGUGACCAUUGCGCUGACGAUUCCGUGGUUUCUUAACCUAUACCAGAUAAACCUGGGCGACGCCCCUACGGUCAUCUACCGCAUGAUCUACUACCACAUGGUCGGGGAGUAUGUGACCAUUAUUCGGUCAGCGUUCGCCGUCGUGUACCUGCUGUUAGCGUUGAUGACUUGGAAAAGCUUGCGAGAUCAGACCAAGAAAUACGAUGGAGAUCUGUCUCUGCCAGAUAGGCAACGUGUGAAGCUACAGGCGAGUCGUCGCCGAACGGAGUCCCAUGCUGCUAUCACGGUAGGACUAACCGUGGUGGCGUACAUUCUCUCGUGCAUCCCCCUCAUCGUCUAUGGCAUCUUGACAAAGAAGGCCAGAAAUCUCGUCGGUAGCGAGUUCUUCAGGUGGUUCGCCUUAUUCGCAAACUACUCGCAGUACGUGUCCAGUUUGUGUAACCCCUUCAUCUACAUGGCACGAUGUAAUCGAUUCAACCACGCCCUCAAAGAGCUGUGGCGGUAUCUGUGUAGAUCCAGUAAAAAGACAUGUGACCCGGCGAAGCCUGCAAAAAUACCUUUUCGGAAUACGACCCCCAGCUAUCUGCUAUCGUCAACGCGGCAGCAGGCCGGAAUAGUUAACGAAGGAUGCACCACCGACACAGAUUUAAUCCAGGAAAGUCUUACUUUCAAAGCACACAAUUCAAAUGAACAAGUACGCAUAGAUGAUGCCACAAGGAAGAAGCCAAAUAGACAAGCACGCAUAGAUGUCCCUACGGAGAAGCCAAACGAACAAGCAUGUAUGGAUGAUGCUACCAAACAAGCACCCAUAGAUGACGCGACCAAAAAGAAGCCAAAUGAACAAGCACGCAUGGACGAUGCCACCAAACAAGCACCCAUAGAUGACGCGACCAGUAAGAAGCCAAAUGAACAAGCACGCAUGGAUGCCACCAAACAAGCACCCACAGAUGACGCGACCAGUAAGAAGCCAAAUGAACAAGCACGCAUGGACGAUGCCACCAAACAAGCACCCAUAGAUGACGCGACCAGUAAGAAGCCAAAUGAACAAGCAUGUAUGGAUGAGGCCACCAAAAAAGCACCCAUAGAUGACGCGACCAGUAAGAAGCCAAAUGAACAAGCAUGUAUGGAUGAGGCCACCAAAAAGCACCCAUAG